AUGACCGUGGCCAAAUUAAGAGCUUUGCCGGAGAACACUGUGGGACGAACCUAUGUUGAAUGGCUGGAUCGCGAAGGCGUAAGUCCGGAUACUAGAAAUGCCGUCCGUUAUGUUGACGAAGAGGAAUGUGCGUAUGUAAUGCAAAGAUACCGGGAGUCUCAUGACUUCUACCAUGCAUUGACUGGCCUUCCCGUGUACGUCGAAGGCGAAGUCGCCUUGAAGGCGUUCGAAUUUGCGAAUACUUUGCUGCCAAUGACUGGCCUGAGUAUUUUUGCGGUGAUGCGGAUGAAGCCGAAGCAACGGAGUAGAUUCUGGAAUACAUACUUGCCGUGGGCGAUGAGUAAUGGAUUGAAGAGUAGGGACAUCAUUAAUGUUUAUUGGGAAGAGCAGCUCGAAAGGGAUGUGGACGAGCUAAGGGAAGAGCUAGGGAUUGAGACACCGCCUGACUUGAGGGAGACCAGAAAACUUCUCAAACAGGUGCGAACAACUGCAACGGAGUUACACCAAAACAUGGAGAAGUUCACAGCCAAUUGA